GUGUUGGCAACAUUGAUGCUGUCAGUGUUGUCAGUUUGUUUAUUUUGAAACGUUCCGUGGAUUUUACACUUUUCACCCAAUUUCCUACAGAAAAGCGCCCCAAAAUGGCUCAGAAAAGACCCUCAGAGAUGGCUGUAGCCAUUCCUGAUCCCAAGAAGUCUCGAAGUGACCUCGUGGCUUACACAAAUCGCGAUAAAGCCUUGAUGCAAUCGGGUAUCUCCCGGACAUCGAAUUUAUUCGCCCCCAUAAUGCUGCUGGAGGGUCACCAAGGAGACAUUUUCACAUGCGAGUUCCAUCCAGAGGGGCAAGUUAUCCUCUCAAGUGGCUUUGAUAGGCAGAUCUUUGUAUGGAAGGUGUACGAUGAGUGUGAGAAUAUUGGAGCCAUGUCUGGACACACAGGAUCCGUUAUGGAAGCCCAUUUCUCUCCGGAUGGAAGCAACAUCUACACUUGCGCCACGGACAACACCGUGGCCAUUUGGGAUGUUCCGACGUGCCAGAGAAUCCGAAAGCUCAAGGGACAUGGAAACUUUGUGAAUUCCGUCCAAGGAGCACGACGAGGACCGCAGAUUCUCGUUUCCGGAAGCGAUGACAACACUAUCAAAAUGUGGGAUUCCCGGAAGCGCUUCGCCACAGCCACAAUGGAGGCAACGUACCAGGUGACGGCUGUUUGCUUCAAUGACACUGCUGAGCAGGUGAUCAGUGGCGGAAUUGACAAUGACGUGAAAGUUUGGGAUGUCCGGAAGAAUGAAGUUCUGCAUCGGCUAAAAGGUCACACAGACACAGUCACAGGAGUCUCUCUGUCCCCCGAUGGAUCCUACGUCCUCACAAAUUCCAUGGAUAACACCCUCAGGAUCUGGGACAUCCGCCCCUAUGCUCCGGUUGAGCGAUGCGUCAAAGUUUUCUCAGGGCAUCAACACAAUUUCGAGAAAAACCUCCUGAGAUGCGCCUGGUCCAAGGAUGGGACUCUAGUGAGUUGUGGGUCAGCGGAUAGGUUCGUGUACAUCUGGGACACAACCACCAGGCACAUCAAGUACAAGCUCCCAGGGCACAAUGGAAGUGUCAAUGAUGUGGACUUCCAUCCAGAGGAACCCAUCAUUGUGUCAGCUUCCAGCGACAAGACGCUCUAUGUGGGAGAAAUUGAAUGAGACGGAAACAAAAGGCAUUCAACUGAGAAGGCUUUGAGAUUUCAAUUGAGAGGAUUCCAAGAAGGAUGAAUUGUUUGUGAACUAAUUGCUAAAUAUUCUGCAUACCUUUGAAUAAAUAAAAGGAAAAUUAUGAAAGGAA